AUGCCGCCGCGUAAGAGAGUUGUUCGCACUCAGGCCGCUAGUGCUUCUCGAGAGGGUGGAGAUGAGCAUGUGCCGCCACCAGUUCCAUCGAUUGAUCAGGAUGCCCUUAGGCAGAUGGUGCAGGAUGCUGCCAGACAGGCCGCAGAUGAGGCAGUUCAGCAAGCUGUCCAGGAGGCUGCUAGAGUAGCUGAACAUGAAGUGGUUAGGCAGAUGGCUGCAGUUCAGCAGGGUCAGCAGAUUCUGCCAGUUCAGGUGAUGAAACAGAUGAAAUCUGUGGAUUUGGAGACUUUUGGGGGAACAGUAGACCCUGUUCAGGCCUAUAAUUGGAAGCAUAGGCUAGCUACGUGUCUGCAGACUAUCAAUUGUCCGUUGCGCCUUUGCCUUAAUAUCGCAGAGUUGUAUCUAUGUGGGGAUGCAUUAGUAUGGUGGGAUGGAGUGCAAUCGAUGCGUGCUGGCGAUAUGACUUAUGAGGAUUUCCUCAUUGUGUUCGACAAAAAGUAUUUUCCCAGAGAAGCGUUGCACCAGAAGAAGAAUGCUUUUGAGCAUCUGAGGCAGGGUACUAGGAGUGUCAGAGAGUAUGAGCGGGAGUUUUGCCAACUCCGCUUGUUUGCUGGUAGUAAUUUUGAUGCGGAGGACUUGAUCAGGAGGUUCUUAGAUGGGAUGCGAGUUGAUCUCCGCGGCAGGUGCAGUAUGGUUACUUACACCAGCUUGGAGGAUCUGGUAGAGAAAGCUGCUGUGCAGGAAGCAUGUAUUGCAGAGGAGCAGAAGUACUCUAAGGCCCAGCCUAGGAUUGAAAGGACUUCAGAGUCACAGAACAUGACAGGGGAUCAGUCAGGAACACCCAGUUGUGCGCGCUGCCAUCGCUACCAUUUUGGAGACUGCGUCAUGUGUUUUGCAUGUGGGCGGUUAGGCCAUGUGGCCAAGUAUUGUCGAUUUACGAGAGUGGAUGGUACUGGUACCGGACAGGUUACAGCACCAACGACACUAGAAGCGGCUUCAAAGAACUGUUAUGGUUGUUGCCAGCCUGGUCACAUUUUCAGGGAUUGCCCGAGGGGAGGACGUGUAGAGAAUCCAUCACCAGAUAAGCGCCAGACUAUCACACCACGUAUAUUUGCUGCAAGAGGCAACGAGAGAGUUGAGCCGACUGAUGGAUUUGAAUUCGAGGACGAAUUCCUUGUUAGUGGGGAAGAAUUGUAA